AUGAUGACGCGGCUGAGCGAGCGCGAAUCAAAGUCCGAGCUGAGGAGGCAGGACCGUCAGCAGCCGGCACACUUGUGCCGGCUGAUCUGCUCUAAGCAGUUCAUCAAGCUGUCUGACAUGGAGAAGAAGGACGACAACAACCACCAUCAGAAGGAUGAAAAGCGCACCGGCAACGCCAAGCGGGGCGAUCCAGUAGAGCCACUUGACGUCAAGGUGCCUGUCAUAUUCGUAUUCGGUGGCCCCGGUUCCGGCAAAGGUACGCAGUGUGAGAAGAUCGUGCAGAAGUACGGAUUCACGCACAUCUGCCCCGGGGAUCUGCUGAGAGCGGAGGCGCAGUCCGGCAGCGAUCGGGGCGAAGAGAUGAACGAAAUCAUGAAGAAAGGAGAGCUCGUCCCGCUGGACAUUUUGCUACAGCUGCUCAAAGAAGCAAUUAAGAAGCACCUGGAUAAGGCUAAAGGAUUUCUCAUCGACGGUUACCCCAGGAACGUCGAGCAGGGAGACCGUUUCGAGGCUGAAGUGUGCAAGAGCACGAACCUCAUCUACUUCGAGGUGAAGGACGAGACGAUGCACGCUCGCCUUCUGAAGCGAGGGUUGACGAGCGGCCGCGCGGACGACAACGAGGAGACCAUCGUCAAGCGCAUCAAGACCUUCCACGUCGAGUCCGAGCAUGUCCUCGAUAAGUACAGGGGAAUUGUGCACAAGGUCUCGGCCGAAGACGACCCGGACAAGGUGUUUGCAUCGCUCACUCCGUUCUUUGACACCAUUACCAAGCCAAAAUGA